UGUUGUGUGGAAUGAAAUUGCAUCUCUUGGGGAAAUGCAUGCAUGUAACAACAUGGAAAACAGAGGAAUAUAUCUGGUUACAGUAUAUAGCAUUCUGUCCAAAUUAGUAAACACUUUAAAGACUGAGUUCACUGAUAAAAUAUUGUACCAGGUGCCAUUUUUGAGUCAUUUUACUGCUGUGAAAAACGAAAAAUGCGUUUAACAUUUUUUUUUUGUAUUUGUUUUAUGUAUUUCAGUUUAUUAUCCAUUAUUUUUGUUUUCUUGCAUUUCUUAACAAGGAUUUUGUAAUGUUUUGGCCACAUGUGGACAUAGGUUUGUUUUUGGCUCUGAAACGCUGUCUUCUAUCUCAGAUGACUCGUGUCUCCUUCAAUAAAGCAUUGAUUAUGGGGAAGGUGACAUGAGAAUUAGGAUGCAGAGAAGGUAUCGAGUGGCCUAUAUGCUUCCUCGACUGCACAAAAGAAUCUCCUGUUGCCCCUCCAUCCAUAUCUUCAAUCAAACUUGGCUAGUUUGGGACCUUUGGUUUAAUCUUAAGGGGCUUUAGAAGCUGUCCACAAAAAGCUAUUGUAUCUUACUUAAUUAUAACCUCAGAAAUGAUCUGACCUGCCCGGUGCCAGGUGCAGUGAAGUGUGCAAAAGCUUGCAUGCCAUGAGGUCCCAUUGGUUAGGGAAAGAAACACUAGAUGCCCAUCGUGAUCGGAUAAGUGGAAAAUAACCUGACAGUGUUAGAUCUGGAAAAAAAAAAGAAGAGAAACUUCAGUAAGGACCUAAUGGAAAGUUUUCCCUCCCCUCUUGGUUUCUGAGACUUCUGGGUACCCUAAAAAGGGAGCAAUAUGAGCCCCGAGCCUUUUUUUUUUCUAUCUUUUUCCUUUUUUUUAAUUUCACUUCCCACACCACCCUGUGAGUCUGAGCCCAUUUGGAAGGUUACUGUUCAAAGUCAGCAUGGAUCAUCCAGGAGGACACCUUGCAGUGGUUCUGUUCCUGCUUGUUCUGGUUUCUAUGUCCACUGAAAACAACAUUAUCAGAUGGUGCACAGUGUCAGAUGCCGAAGAGCAGAAGUGUUUGGAUCUAGCUGGAAAUGCCACAGCCAGGAAUAUCCGCGGACAUCUUCUGUGUGUGAGGGGCCAAAGUCCCACCGACUGCAUGAAGCAAAUUAAGAAUGGCACUGCAGAUGCCUCAACUAUGUAUGCGGAUGAGAUCUACACGGCGGGGUUUUGCUAUGGCUUAGAUGUGGCUGUGGGAGAGUCUUACAACGGUGUGGAUGGCAUUAAUUAUUACGUGGUUGCUCUGGCGCGGACAUCGUCCAGUGAUCUGUCACUGCUGGAGAUGCACGAGCGCAGCUCCUGUCACCCAGGGAUGAGGACCACAGUGGGCUGGACCGUCCCCAUCGGCUUCCUGGUCAACACAUCACAGAUCAGUGUGGAUGAGCAGUGCAACUUUCCCCAUGCGGUUGGGGAUUUUUUCGGCUACAGCUGUGUCCCAGGAGUGAAGGACCCAGAACAUGAUCCUAAAGGAAACAACCCAAGGAACCUGUGUGAGGCCUGCAUUGGAGACGAGAACGACCGUCACAUCUGCGCCAACAACCCUCGGGAACGGCACUUCGGAGAGGCUGGAGCUCUUAGGUGUGUGGCGGAGAAUCUCGGGGAUGUUGCCUUUGUUAAGCACACUACAGUCUUCGACAACAUGCAGGGUAAGAACCAGGAGUCGUGGGCGCUGGACCUGGAGCUGGAGGACUUGAAGCUCUUGUGUCCUGACGGGAGUGAAGCGAACCUGUUCCAACACGAGCGCUGCCACCUGGCUGUCGUGCCAACCAAUGCUGUGGUAGUGCGUUUGGAGGACAAAUGCCGCGUUUACAAGUUCUUGGAACGUGUGCAGAAUGCGUUUGCGAACGCCACCGAAGGAUUCUCUCUGUUCAGCUCGGUGAAUUACGGCCAGCCUGAUGUUCUGUUCAGCGACUCCACCAGAAAGCUGCUGCGUGUGAUGGGGACCUACACGUCCUGGCUGGGGUCCAGUUACACCACCAUCCUGAAGGCCUUCGAGUGUGAAGGUUUGUGUUGAUCUGAUGAGGAAAGAGGAAACUACAGUCUCCGUCUCUCUCUCACGAACCCUGAAGCACUCUGUGUAAAGUGUGCUGCUCUGAACGCCAGCCUGUGUUUUGUAGUACUGUUAUUACUGUUCUGUCCUCACAGUCUUUCUAUGGCUUCUUAUAUCACGUUUACUUCACCUCUUUGAGUUCCUGCCAAAUGAAAAAUACAAAAAUAAACACAAAAAGAUCUAAACUUCUGCGCAGAAAAGCACUGGAGGGGAACAGACCACAAUCCAUCAAGGGUAUUUUGCUUUGACCGUUGUUAGUUAAUCCUUGUAAUUUUUUUAUAGUCCAACCGAGGGAUACAAAGGUAUCUGAGCAAAAAAGACAUCAGGGCCAAAGCAUACUCUAUGCAAGUACAUGAACGCAAAUGCCUUUGUUUAAACAAACCUGAUUUCACAUGUUAUGUCUUUUGUUAAUGUAUCAGACUAAAAGAAUGUGUUGUAUUUUCAGUGUUGCUGUAGCAGGAAUUAGUGUCUUUUACAGUAAGUUUUCUGUUUAUAUAGCUGAAUAAUGACAGGCAUUAGAAGUGAACUGCUGCACAUUUGAAUACACAAUGCAAGAAAACAUUCAGUACAUACACUGCUUAAAUCAAGAUACCCGAGAAGAAAAAUUACUUAAGAUAUUGUCUUCUAUUCUGAAAAAUGUAUCAAGUGAGUUUAAGCAUAAAACAAGACAAAAUAUCUGUCAAAUGGGGUCAGUAAAAUAAACUAAAUUCAGAGGAAAAACAGGUUUUUUUUUUUUUUUUACCCCAUUGGCAGAUAUUUGUUCUUGUUUUUAAGCAUAAACUCACUUAAUUCAGAUUUUUCCCCCCCAUAAAAUAAGUCUUAAAUAAGGAUGCACCGAUAUGAAAAUUUUGGCCGAUACCGAUAACCGAUAAUUCUUUAUAUUUGAAAGCCGAUAACCGAUAUAUUAGCUGAUAAAUCUAAAUCCAAAAUUUUUAUAUAAAUUAUGAGAGCCUGAUUACAAAAACAAAAGUCUCAAAUUUUAGCCUAUACCGAUAAUUCUUUAUAAUUGAAAGCUGAUAACCGAUAUAUUGACCGAUGAAUCAAAAUUUUUAUAUAAUUUUUGAGAGCCUGAUUACAUAAACAAAAGUCUCAAAUUUUGGCUGAUACCGAUAACCGAUAAUUCUUUAUAUUUGAAAGCCGAUAACCGAUAUAUUGGCCGAUAAAUAUAAAUCAAAUUUUUUAUAUAAUUUUUGAGAGCCUGAUUACAAAAACAAAAGUCUCACAUUUUAGCCGAUACCGAUAAUUCUUUAUAUUUGAAAGCCGAUAACCGAUAAAUUGGCUGAUAAAUCAAAAUUUUUUUAUACUUUUUGAAAGCCUGAUUACAAAAACAAAAGUCUCCCCAUUAAAAGUCAUGUCCCAAUCACACAAUUAUAAUGUUCUCAUUAUAAUAUUAUGUAGUCUAUAUGACAGACUUGCACUGUACGUUGCACUUAACUGUAUUUUCCUUUUUGAAGUGAUUUCAAUCAUAUUUCAAACAAUUCAAAAUCAUAAUGGAGGACAGUGUGCAUCUGAAGUGUCUCAGCUGAAGGAAAUAAACCAUUAUUUAUCAGCUUUAAUAUAUCGGCCAAAUUUUCUUAUCGGGCCGAUAACGAUAUCUUGAUUUAGCAAUGUUUAAAUAUUUGGACUAGAAAACAAGACAAAAAUACUAAGAAAAUCUUUUUUUUUUUUUUUUGCAGCGUAUACACAGUCGUGUCUGAGUUUGCGUACUUGUGCAUAGUAUGUUUCUGACUGCUUGAUAAAUGACUUUUAACUUGAAUAUUCAUAUUCUUUGUGUAUCUACAACUAGCAGUGUGCAGAUAUUAAAAACGAAAGGAUAUAAGCAAGUUUAUAAUAUAUAAUCGAAGAAACAAAUAAAACUCUUAAAGGCGGACAGACUUACGGUUGGUUGUUACGUAACAGGUGCUUUAACGGUGCUGUUUCCUGAUCCUUCAAGGUUACAAAAAACCAACUUGAACUACUGUGUAAAUAAUCAUGUCACUCUUAGAUUUAUAGAGCCUUCUCUUAUUAAUAAAAAUCCAUGUUGUCAAA